GGAGCGAGCGCGCGCGGUGCUCGGCGUGAUCGCGCGCGCGGCACGAUUCGAGUCGCCGCCGUCGAGGAACGUCGUACGCGCGGACGAGAGAGCACCUGCCGCUUUUUCUCGUAAUAUCGUAGCUAAAGCGAGCAGAAGAGAUUCUCGAACGAAAACGCAUCGUCGAGUGUGUUUUUAUACCGAAGGAGGACACUACGAUUAGGAUGAACGCGAGAACAAUCUCGAUCUUCCUCGGGAUGAGCAGAACGAGAAGACAGAAGGGUUCGGAAAUGAUGGCGGCUCAGUCGAAGAUGCUUUAUCAAAUCAACAAGUAUUACGGAGAACGCGUGCAAGCACGUAUGGGACAGGUACAGAAGACGAUAAGAGAAGUCUGUAAGGUCGUGCAGGAUGUGUUAAAGGAGGUUGAGGUACAAGAGCCACGCUUCAUAUCCUCGCUGACCGAGUGCAACGGUCGUUACGAGGGUCUCGAAGUGAUUUCACCGGGGGAAUUUGAGGUGGUGCUAUACCUGAAUCAAAUGGGCGUCUUCAACUUCGUCGACGACGGCACCCUGCCGGGUUGCGCCGUUUUAAAGCUUAGCGACGGCCGCAAGAGGUCCAUGUCUCUUUGGGUAGAAUUCAUCACCGCGAGCGGUUACUUGUCCGCGAGAAAGAUCCGAUCGAGAUUUCAGACCUUGGUGGCCCAGGCCUGUGACAAGUGUACUUAUCGAGACUCCGUUAAAAUGAUAGCCGAUACUACCGAGGUGAAGCUACGUAUUCGAGAGAGAUACGUCGUUCAAAUCACACCGGCAUUCAAGUGUUCCGGCGUGUGGCCAAGAUCGGCAGCUCAUUGGCCGAUCCCCCAUAUUCCCUGGCCUCAUCCUAAUCUCGUCGCGGAAGUCAAAACCGAGGGUUUCGAUCUUCUUUCGAAGGAGAGCGUUGCUUUGCAAGGGAAACAAUCGGCGAUGGAAGGAGACGCCUGGGUGUUGAGUUUUACCGAGGCCGAGACCAGACUCUUGCAGGGUGGCUGCCGACGCAAAUGUUUGAGCAUUCUUAAAACUCUCAGAGAUCGACACCUCGAUCUUCCUGGCAAUCCGGUAACGAGUUAUCACAUGAAGACCUUACUCCUUUACGAGUGCGAGAAACAUCCUCUCGAAGCCGAAUGGGACGAGGCUUGCUUGGCCGAUCGAAUGAACGGCAUCUUUUUGCAACUUAUUUCUUGUCUCCAAUGUCGAAGAUGUCCUCAUUAUUUUCUACCGAACCUCGACUUGUUCAAAGGAAAAUCACCCAGCGGCUUGGAAAACGCCGCCAAACAAGUUUGGAGACUGACCAGAGAAUUGUUGACCAACAGCCGUGCUCUCGAGAAACUUUAGCGAUCUUCCCUUAGAUGCAACAUAUCUUUCGUGAUACUUUGAAGAUAAAAGAAAAGACAAGUGUGCAUUAAUGAACUGUUCUUGAAAUAAAAGCCUCCCUUUAAUUCGCCGCAACAUUUCGCGCAAUAAGGUUACAAUUCAUUCUCUGUUACUAUAUUUAAUUACUUUAAAUACGAAACAUAUUUGAAUCGAAUCGUCGAAGUUCUUCACCUGCCACUUUACGUAAUGCUUUUCGUUCAAUCGACCGAAUGUUCCGGUUUAAAAUACGAAGAACGAACGUUCGACAUUUCACAUAUUUCGUGAAAAAAUUGUACUUUCCUACAUAAAUCUAUCAUUCCCCUAUAUACAUCUAUUAUCCAUCGACGCAAAGCGUAUUGUAAUUCUAUCUGUUUCGAUCUUAAAAAAAUAAAAUUGAAGAACAUUUAUAACCAUUUAUAAAAGCGAGCUUACGGCAAAAGAAAGAACUGCGAUUUCAUUGCGCAUCGUUACGUGUAAAUAAUUUUUGAUAUUAUUUAAACGAUAUUUAUUAUUAAUAUACCUAAUCGAAUCGCUAUUUAAAAUUAUAAGACGACGAUGUACAUAAUAAAUGCAUUUAUCUCGAUGUAAAAAAAAAAGAGAAAGAAAGAGAAAAAAAGGAACAAAAUGAGCCAUGUCUUUCUAUAAUCGACAAACAACUGUGAUGGAAUCGAUGACACUUUAACGACUUAUUUAUCAUGCUCGAGCAUAAUCUAGGUAACGAUUAUUGUCUCCGUAAUACGUAGUUAUCGAGUACUUUCGAGAGAACGACUUGGUGUUCGGCGUAGCAGCGACUAUCAUUUUUAUUACCCCCUUUUGCAUUUUAUUACGUCGGCAUCCUAUCUUAAUUCUAUCCUAACGUUUCUCUUCCUACCAUCAUCGAUGCUCGAACGACGCUGUUUAAACUCCCGUCGGAUAAUUUUCGUGCUUCGCGGCGCGUGUCAAAUUCAUCGAAUGCUGCCACUCGAUCGCUACCGUUCUUACAUCGAUCAAUACAUCGUUUCCAAAUGGUAGAUCGACUUAAUUACCAUCACGAUUACACUUAUUAAUGAUUCGUGUUACAUAUGUCCUUUGCUUCGGAUGUCCUAUUCGCUUUGUGAAUAAUUUUACAUUUUACUGCGAUAAUACUAUCACCUAACUUUGUCUACUAUUUUUCAUCGAAUUCUACUUCACCUGCUCUAUUUAUCA